UCCUACUAGGGUUAUAUUUACAUAUAUAGAAAAGAAUUGUAUUUUAUUUGUUGUUGAAUUAGAAGAAACUACAGAAAUAUGAAUGAUUCUUUCCUAGAAGACUUAAAAUUAGUAUCUACUGAUGUUAAAACUUCAAAUACUUAUUCAGUGGAUCGUCAUGUAACCACAAGACAUGCAACAUCCUCUCCUUUGCAACACUUACCACAAAAUAAAGGAGAUAAUGUACAAAAUAUACAUGUUGAAAAGCAAUUUAAAGUUAAAGAAUUGAGCACAAAAGAGUUGAAAAAAAUUCGACAAGAUUUGAAGAAGAUGCAAUUUGAACAAGACACAAAGAAACAACAACUAAGAGCAAGAAUAUCUGAGAAGAAAGAGAGAUCUGUUGAAACCAAGUUGAAACCAAUUGAAAAUAAAGUAAAAAGCGAUGGAAAAGAGCAAGAGAUCAAAGAUGAUACUAAAACAAAAACUAAAGAUGUAAGAGUAAAGUUUUCUGAAAGCAAAACAGUUGGGAAGGAUAGAAUACACCAUUCUGGAAAUUAUAAAGAAAAUGCCCAAACUUCAGAUGUGUCUGUCAAGGAAAACAAUAGACCUCUUGAUUAUUUGAAAGAAGGAACAUCUCAAAUGGAUACUUGUAAAGAAAAAACAAAGGUCUAUGAUACUCAUAUAAAAAUGGAGUCGAAAGAAACUGAUCCUGUUGCACUCCUUAAUGCUAUUAAAGAUAUUGUAAGCACAUGCACUAAAGACGAAAGCACGAAGAUUUUAAGGGCAAUGCAAGGCUUACAUUUUAAUUCUCAAGCAAAUUUUCUUAAACAUUUGCUUUGUCAAACAGAUAUUAUAAUUAACGAAAUGCACCCUAGUAACGAAUCUAACACAGUAAAAAAUCUAGUAGAACAAAAUGCGAGAUUACAAGAGGAUAUUGCAAUUCUAUCCAAAAAAAAUCUAGAACUGCAGAAAAAGUUGGAGGAGUUUGAAUUUUUGAAGCAGGAAAAUAUUGCAUUGAAAAUGAAAUGCAAGGAAUUAUCUAAACAAUAGCAAAUGUAUGCAGUAUUCUGAAUUUAGGUACUUAGAAUCUCUUCAUAAAAAGAUAUCCAUUCCAUUUUACUGUUGUGCU